AUGGCCGUUCGGUUGGCACACACGUGCCGAAAGGUGAUCGCCGUGGACAAGGACCCGGUCAAAAUAGUGAUGGUCCGUCAGAGGGCUGCUGAACUCGAAGUCGCCCACCGAAUUGAAUUUCGGGUCGGCGACAGCUUCGAGGCGCUGUCCAAAGUGAAAGCUGACGCGGUGAUCACUUCGCCACCGUGGGCGGCCCUGGCGUGGUACCCAAAUCGCCGGUUCAGUACAGAAGACCUGUGCAGCCGCCAGAAGGGCGGAUUGGCCGGUGUUCUUAAGAUAGCGGGAGAGAUCGCCCCCCUCGUCGUGCCCCACGUGCCCAAAACUAUCCAUAUGUCUCAGACCGUGGAAGUUUCAAGAGAACAGGGUUUCGGGCACGUGGAAAUUGAACACGUCAGCGUUGAGGAAUGGAAGAACUCAUCAAACGCUGUUUUGUACAUACAAAGGUCGUGCGAGGGUGGUGAAUUGGUUGAACCGACGGUAUCCGAAGUGGUAUUAGAUCCAAAAUCGGUAUUGCCCCAGAGAUCGUAUGCAUAG